ACGACCUCGACUAAGCGUACACCAGAAGUUACAGGUGUUUGCACGCAAACCCGCGAAGUUUCGUAAGAGUAAACUUUGCGGUAGUCGAUAUUACGGAGUUAAUCAGAUAAGCCUAAACUGUGUUUCUGGUGCUUUGCUAACGGGUAGCUCAAGGCGCAGGUGGGGGGGUAGUUCCGCUGGGCGGAACAGCCGAGCAGAGGCUGUGCUGCCUCGUGCCUGCUCAUUGCUGUGAUCGCCUCCUCAGCGAUCACAUCACGGCCGUUCCUUUGGCAGAGACGCUUCCACACAUGAGCGUGAAACCAUUGUAGCAGACGUCAGUUACAGGAAGCUCAGCGAUGGGUCCGAAGACGGUUGCUCAGAUACUGAUGUUCCUGUACCUCUGCACAUUUAGGACAACCCUAGGACAAAUUAAGACAAGAGAGCGGAACCGUAAUCCUCCUGGAAGAGGAUAUAUACCUCAACGUCCACAUCCAUGUGAGCAAAGCUCAUGCUAUCCUGCAACAGGAAAUCUCCUGAUUGGGAGAGAGAAGCAGCUUAAGGCCUCAUCAACUUGUGGGUUGUAUAAACAGGAAAGAUUUUGUAUAGUGUCACAUUUAGAAGAGCGGAAAAAAUGUUUCUGGUGCGAUUCACGUGAUGAACAUGCUAAUAAUCCAGCUCGCAGUCAUCGUAUAGAGAAUAUUGUCUAUAAAAAUUUUCCUGGUACAGAACAACGCUCAUGGUGGCAGUCUGAAAAUGGAGUGGAAAAUGUAACAAUUCAGCUUGACCUUGAAGCAGAAUUCCAUUUCACUCACAUGAUAAUCACAUUUAAAACCUUUAGGCCAGCAGCUAUGCUUAUUGAAAGGUCAUAUGAUUUUGGGCGCACAUGGCAGGUGUAUAGGUAUUUUGCCUACAACUGCAAUGAGUCAUUUCCAAAUAUCCCAAAACAUAAACCACGCACUCUUACUGAUGUUGUCUGUGAGUCAAGAUAUUCAAAUGUAGCACCAUCAACAGGUGGAGAGGUUAUAUUUAGAGUCCUGUUGCCUAAUUUACCCAUUGAUGAUCCAUAUUCUCCAGAAGUACAGAAUCUACUGAAAAUGACAAAUCUAAGGAUAAACUUUACAAAACUUCAUACACUUGGUGAUGACUUGCUGGACAACAGGGAAGAAAUACAGGAAAAGUAUUAUUAUGCAAUAAAUCAGAUGGUAGUACGAGGCUCAUGUUCAUGCUAUGGGCAUGCUUCAAGAUGUCUUCCACUUCCUGGUGUGGAAUCAAAGCCUAACAUGGUGCAUGGAAGAUGUGAAUGUACCCACAAUACAAAGGGGCUGAACUGUGAAUUUUGUGAGGAUUUUUACAAUGAUUUGCCUUGGAAACCAGCUUUUGGAAAGCAGACAAAUGCAUGCAAAAGGUGCAAUUGCAACAAUCACGCUACCAGCUGUCAUUUUGAUGCAGCUGUGUAUGACAUAUCAGGCAGAGUGAGUGGUGGUGUAUGUGACAACUGUCAACACAACACUCAGGGAAGAAAUUGUGAACAAUGUAGAGACUUCUACUACCAUGAUCCAGAACGUGACAUUACAGAUCCUGAGGCAUGUCAGCCAUGCGACUGUGACCCUAGUGGCUCACUGGAUGAAGGAAUAUGUGAUUCUCGAACAGACAUAGCCAAUGGUUUAGAAUCAGGAAGAUGCCACUGUAAAGCUAAUGUUGAUGGGAGACGUUGUGACCGAUGUAAAAAUGGAUAUUGGAAUUUUGAUGAAGAAAAUCCUGAUGGCUGUCAGCCAUGUACCUGCAAUACUCAAGGAACUGUUGAUAAUCAGGGCUGCAAUGUUCUUACUGGAGAAUGUACCUGCAAACGAUAUGUGACUGGACGUGAUUGUAACCAAUGUCUGCUCAAUUACUGGGGCCUCUCUGAUGAUCGUGAUGGGUGUAAACCUUGUGAUUGUGACCCUGGUGGAUCAUAUGAUAACAACUGUGAUGUCAUCACUGGCCAGUGCAGAUGUCGCCCUCAUGUCACUGGCCAGCAGUGCAACCAACCAGAGCAGAGCUACUUUACUGCAACCCUAGAUUUCUUGGUUUAUGAGGCUGAGCUUGCAAGAGGGAGUGAGACUUGCCAAGUUGUGAUCAGAGAGCCAUACAGAGAUGGCAGGGAAAAUAGUUGGACGGGUACUGGAUUCAUGAGAGCAUUUACUGGCUCUGAACUUGAAUUCCCAAUUAACAACAUUCAGCAAGGAAUGGAUUAUGACAUAGUUAUACGUUAUGAGCCUCAGGUUCCUGGUACAUGGGAAGUGCAAGUUGAUGUUAUCAGACCUGGUCCAGUGGAUCGUAGUGGCCCUUGUGCAAAUGCUAUUCCUGAUGAUGACACAAAGGUCGUUUUUCUGUCACCAGAUUCUAGGAGUGUCCCUGUGUCUCCUCCUGUUUGCCUUGAACCAGGUCAAGACUACAAAGUACGCCUAACAUUCAAACGAUAUGAUGGUGAAACUGAUGUGCCAUCAGCAUCAAUACUUGUUGACUCUAUUGCACUGAUUCCAAGACCAGAAAGCAUCCCAUUUUUUCAAGGAGCAAACAAUCUCCAUAGGCAGGAAUUUGAGCGAUAUCAGUGUGGUCAGGCAUUCUACUCUGUACUUAAGGGCAGCAUUCCUGAUGUCUGUCAAAAGUACCAUCACAGCAUAGGUUUCUACGUUCAUGGUGGUGCAUUCCCCUGCCAAUGCGACCCUACUGGCUCAGUGAGUGCUAUAUGUUCAGAACUGGGUGGUGCUUGCACCUGCAAACCUAAUGUAGUUGGCAGGCGCUGUGACAGAUGUGCUCCAGGAACAUACGGUUUUGGUCCCGAAGGUUGUCGUGCAUGCGACUGCAAUUCUAUUGGUGCACUUGACAACUUCUGUGAUGUUCAGACUGGCCAGUGCAAGUGCAGAGCCAAUACGUACGGCCGAGAAUGUGAUCAGUGUCAGCCAGGUUUCUGGAAUUUCCCCAACUGUCAGCAGUGUACAUGUAAUGGGCAUGCUGAUGUUUGCGACCCUCAAACAGGAGCAUGUACAGAAUGUCGUGACUUUACAUUGGGCCAUAACUGUGACAGAUGCAUUGAAGGAUACUAUGGAGAUCCUAGAAUUGGUAUUGACAUACCAUGUAGGCCAUGUCCAUGCCCAGGAACAGCUGAUUCAGGGCAUUCAUAUGCAACACGAUGUGCCCUAGAUACAUUAACUCAAGAUGUAGUCUGUGAAUGUGAUGUUGGAUAUGCAGGAUCUCGGUGUGACGUUUGUGCGGACAACUAUUUUGGAAAUCCAGAGACUCCUGGAGGAUCAUGUCGGCCAUGUAACUGUAGUAAAAAUAUUGAUCUUGCUCUUCCUGGUAACUGCGAUUCUCGCUCUGGUGAAUGUCUCCAGUGCCUCUUUCAUACAGAAGGAUUCCAUUGUGAAAUAUGUAAAGCAAACUAUUAUGGUGAUGCAAUAAACCAACAGUGCGCAGAAUGUGUUUGUGACAUUCUUGGGACUAACAACACGGCAGGACCAUGUGAUCGCAAUACAGGACAGUGUCCUUGUUUGCCAAAUGUUAUUGGUCAAAAAUGUGAUGAAUGUAAACCAAACCACUGGAAAAUAGCCAGUGGUACAGGCUGCGAACCGUGUGGUUGUGAUCCUAUAGGUUCUACAGCUGAACAAUGCAAUCUUUUUGAUGGGCAAUGUACCUGCAAGCCAGGAUUUGGAGGACGGCAGUGCAAUGAAUGCCAAGCUAAUCAUUGGGGAAAUCCUACAGUAAAGUGUCAUGCUUGUGAAUGUGACCCUGAUGGUUCACUUACAAUGCAGUGCCACCGUGAAAAUGGAACCUGUAUUUGUCUUGAGGGGAUUGGAGGAGAAAAGUGCAAUCAGUGUGCACGAGGCUAUCUGGGUUCAGCUCCACAAUGCAGUCCUUGUGGUGAAUGCUUUACGAAUUGGGAUCGUAUCCUCAACGAACUAAGAGAUCAGACAAAUCGAAUUAUCCAAGAUGCAUCAAAAAUUAAACAGACUGGAGCAACCGGCGCCUACACUCGUGAAUUCGAUCAGAUGGAAAAGAAACUUGAAGAAAUUAAACAGAUGCUAAGCAACACUUCAAUCAGUUCUCAGGAUCUUGAAUCACUAAACAAACUUGUGGAAGACUUGAGAGGAACGCUCAAUCAUUCAUCACAUGGACUUGAUGAUGUUGAGAAAAUCCUACAAAAUGCAACCCAGAGGAUUCUUUUGGCACAUGAGGCUCUGAGAGAUCUCCGUGUCAAGAAAGACAGGCUUAAUGCUACAGCUCUUGGCUUAAAAGAAAAUGCUACUCGGUUGCAAGAAGCAAAUGUUGAAGGUGCUUUGAACCUCACACGUGAAGCAUGGGAGCGCUCUGAGAAAGCUCAACAAAUAGCUGAUGACAGUCAGUCAGCAAUUGCAGAUUCAGAAAGACAGUGUAAACGUGCUGAAACCCUUGUUAAUCGCACCAGUAACCAAUUUCUUAGACUCCAAGAUGAAAACACUGAAGCACUUGCAGACCUUGAAACUAAACUUUUAGAACUAGAAGAACAAAUUCCAGAUAUUAAUAACCAGGUUUGUGGCAAGCGUGGGGACCCAUGUGACAAGCUGUGUGGUGGUGCUGGUUGUGGCAGCUGUGGAGGGCUGUCCUGUGAGCAAGGUGCUGUUACUAUGGCAGAACGUGCCCUCAAAUUUGCUGAAGAUGCCAGAAAAACUGUUGAAGAUAAGGAAGCGGAAGCAGAUGAUUUAUUAAGAGGGGUAUCUCAGGCAAGACAAGAAACAGUUAAUGCAAACACUUUGGCACAAGAAGCUUAUGACAAAGCAUUAGAGGCACGUAAUCGUUCUGAUGAUGUUACAACCAGAACGCAAAAUUUCAUAGAUGAGCUCCAGAAAUUUUUUGAUGAGGAAGGUGCAUCACCAUCAGAUAUCAGAACGCUGGCAAAAGAGGUUCUGUCGAAAAAUAUAGAACUUGAACCAGAAAGCAUAACUUAUCUUGCACAAAAUAUAAACAAUACAAUUGCAUCUCUCACGGACAUAGAGGUCAUCCUGAUGGAAACGAAUGAUAGUCUCACUAAAGCCAAGUCAUUAGAGGAGCAGGCAGAUGCUGCAAAGGCAGGAGCAGAGGGAAUUUUGGAAACAGCUAAGCUAGUUGUAGAUGCACUUGAAGAAGCACAAGAUGCCCAAGACAAAGCUGAAGAUGCUAUAAGAAAGGCCAAUAACGACAUAUCAGUAGCAGAAAGGGACCUUACUCAAAUUGCAAGUGGAACAGAAGAUGCUCAACAAAAGGCAAAUGAAACAGUUGUAGAAGUAAAUUUUCUGCAAGCAAGACUGAAACCUCUGCAAACACAGUUCUUACAAAAUGCCCAUGAUGCAGAGGAAGUGGCACAGGAGGCAGAGAAGCUGGAAGCAGAGGUCCAGAGGGCUCAGAGCAAUACAAGUCAGCUGCAAGACCAGUAUGACAGGGCUGCAGCUGAGCUGGCCAAGAGGGCCAGUCGGUCAAAUGAAGCCCAUGAGCGUGCACAAAGUCUCCUAAAAAAAUCCAGCACUCUACUGUCAGAUUCACUGCGAAAAUCAAAGGAACUUGAUGAUAUGAAGAAGGAAUAUGAUGGGCAUGAUAAAAUUCUGAGGGACCUGAAUAUAGAAAUAGAUCAUCUUAUAGACAGGAUGAAUAAAUAUCAAGGUGUCAUCAAUGAAAGAUCUGAGUACUAUCGCAGUUGUCUGUCGUAAGGCAGUGCAUAGGAGUAUUCUGCUUAAAAGCAUUUAGUGGACAAUUUAAGUUGACAGAAGUGAAUCUGUGUGAGAUGUUGGCAUUCCAUAGAAAAGUGCAUUUAUUACCUCCAUCUGGGUGUGUCCUGGAAGUUCUUAUUAAUUUAAAAAUGUAUCAGGAAAGAGAAGUAGUGUACAGAAUAUCUGUAACAGUUUUCUCUGAAAUGUGAGUGAUAGUUGGGAAUUGUUUUCAUGUGUGACUGAAGUGGAAGGGCAGAUCUGUUAGUGAAAGAUUCCAUGAAAGGAUUAAAUGAAUGAAGGGUGUGCAUAGAAAACAUUAGAAAUGUUCAUGUGAUGAACUAGUCUGCAAUAUCAGACAAGGCUGUACAAUACAGAACACAAAAUAAUGCAUUACGUCACCAAUAAGACUGAAUUCGUGGUUCAGGCACAUAGCAACAGUGGACCUUGGAUUAGUGGGCCCUGUUAACCAAACAGUAAAACAAACUGCUUUGGGACAUUUUGUAAUUUAUAACUUACAUAUUAUGUGAAACCUGUCAGAUGACACCUUGUCUGUAGUUAUACCACACACACAGUGGUAAACUUGGGUGCAGCAGAACUUUUUGUAACUGCCAUUUAGUAUUAACUCUGGAAUUCUAUUCAUUUGUUCAUAAUUACUUUUACUAUUCAUUUUUAUCAUUAUAAGUAAAUAAUAAACUUUUAAGUUUAACAAUGCAGCUGUAGUUAAUAAAUCUGCAAGCAGGUGUAAAUGAAGUUCCUCAUAUUGCAUUGCAAUGGUAAAUAAUCAUUAAUGUCAUGUAUUAAAGUGUUUCAUCCACAGAUUUAGAUAUUUGUAAAGAUACUUUUAAAUAAAAUCAGUUUGUUCAAA